CCGCGCGGACCCGAGGCUCGGAGGCGGAAGUGAGACGCCGGAAGCGGCCGUUGCCAUGGAUCCUGAGGAGGACUGGCUGGUGGAAUCCUUGCGCUUGUACCAGGAUUUCUAUGCAUUCAACCUCUCAGGAGCCACUCGAGUCCUUGAAUGGAUUGAUGACAAAGGAGUCUUUGUUGCUGGCUAUGAAAGCCUGAAAAAGAAUGAAAUUCUUCAUCUGAAAUUACCGCUCAGACUUUCUGUAAAGGAAAACAAGGGCUUAUUCCCAGAAAGAGAUUUCAAAGUGCACCAUGGAGGAUUUUCAGACAGGUCUAUCUUUGAUCUAAAGCACGUGCCACAUACCAGAUUGCUGGUGACCAGUGGCCUUCCAGGUUGUUAUUUGCAGGUGUGGCAAGUUGCAGAGGACAGUGAUGUCAUUAAAGCUGUCAGCACCAUUGGUGUGCAUGAGAAAGAGGAGAGUCUCUGGCCUAGGGUGGCUGUCUUCACCGCGAUGGCACCUGGAGUCCUCCAUGGGGCGAGACUCCGCAGUCUGCAGGUCGUUGAUCUGGAAUCCCGGAAGACCACAUACACCUCAGAUGUCAGUGAUAGCGAGGAGCUGAGUAGCCUGCAGGUCCUAGAUGCAGACACCUUUGCCUUCUGCUGUGCUUCGGGCCGGCUGGGGCUUGUUGACACCCGCCAGAAGUGGGCACCACUGGAGAAUCGCAGCCCUGGCCCUGGGUCUGGUGGAGAGAGAUGGUGUGCCGAAGUUGGGAGCAGGGGCCAGGACCCUGGGCCCAGCAUUGCCAGCCUUGGCUCAGAUGGGCGUCUUUGUCUUCUUGACCCCCGGGAUCUCUGCCAUCCUGUGAGCUCAGUCCAGUGCCCAGUAUCCAUACCUAGCCCUGACCCAGAGCUGCUACGAGUGACUUGGGCCCCAAGCCUGAAGAAUUGCUUGGCCAUCUCAGGUUUUGAUGGUACAGUCCAGGUCUAUGAUGCCACAUCUUGGAAUGGAACGCGGAGCCAAGUAGAACCUCUCUUCACUCACAGAGGUCACAUCUUCCUAGAUGGAAACGGGACGGACCCUGCUCCAUUGGUCACCACCCACACCUGGCACCCCUGCAGACCAAGGACUUUGUUAUCAGCAACAAAUGAUGCCUCUCUGCAUGUGUGGGAUUGGGUGGACCUUUGUGCCCCCUGCUGACACCAGCAUCUUUCCAUCCAGGCCUCUAGAAAGGGGAGGAGCUGCUGUAGUAGCAAGGCUACUGAUGUAGGUAGGACUCAAGUGACUGCCAGUUCCUGUUACCAGCUGUGUAGCCUUGGGCAGGUACACCAGCGUCACUUAGCCUCAGGUUCCUUAUCUGUAAAAUGAGGAUAGUAAGAACUACCUCGUAGUGAUAUUGCAAAGGUUAGAAGAAAUGCAUGGUGUAAUUACUUGGUAGCUACUGUUAGAUGUGGGAGUGUAAAAUGGCAGUGUUUUGUCCCUAUCUUCACACUAGCAUAGGGAGAAUCGAAAGAGCUAACAAACAUGCUUUGUGAAUUUUUUUAAAGAAAAAAAUGUAGAGGGGCCAAUAAACAUGAAAAAAUCCCAGCCCUAGUAACAAUUUAA